AACGAGCGCGACGUGGCGGCCGUGCCCUGCGGCCACACGUUCCACUAUGUCUGCCUCAUCCAGUGGUUUGACACAGCACCUAGCCGGACCUGCCCGCAGUGCAGAAUCCAGCUCAGGAGCUUGGCUGGAGUCGCGCUCACAAAACUGAGUGGGGGGUCUGCUGCUGUGCUGAUGAGCCAAAGCAGAGCAUCGUCACUAACGGCGUUGAGCACGUGAUCUGACUUGUCUUUCAUGGCCUUGUGACAAGAUGGUCGGCAGAAAACACAUCAUCCAUAAGCUGUUUUUUGAUGUUGCCUUGGAGGAGCAGGCAGCGCCGGAUGCAGAGACCUUGCAGAAUGAACUGGACAAGGUGAAGGCUGAGCUCUCUGUGAAAGAGAAAGAAAAGCGGGAAUGCCAGGCAGUUGUGGAUGGGCUGAGGGACACUCUGGAUGUGCGCAAUGCCACUAUAGAGUCGCUCCAGAAGGUGCUGGGAGAGACAGAGAUGCUGUGCUCCUCUCUCAAGAAGCAGAUGAAAUUCCUGGAGCAGCAGCAGGAGGAUAACAGAAGUUCAAAGGAGGAGGCCCGCCGCCUGCGAAACAAGCUGAAGACCAUGGAGCGCAUCGAGCUGUUGCUUCAGAGCCAGCGCCCUGAAGUGGAGGAGAUGAUCAGAGAGAUGGGAGUCGGGCAGGCAGCAGUGGAGCAGCUUGCGAUCUACUGUGUCUCGCUGAAAAAGGAAUAUGAAAACUUGAAGGAGGCUCGGAAGAUGUCCAGUGAGAUGACAGAGAAACUGAAGAAGGAGCUCUUUGCUGUCAAUAGCAAGCUGCAGAAAACGGUUUUAGAGUUGGAGAAGACACAGGAGGAGUUAAAAAGCACCCAGAAGGAUCUGAAGAAUGCGGACAAGGAGAUCUUGAGCUUGAAGAAGAAGAUAGAUAUCCUGCAGGAUACUCUGAAGGUCCCAUCCCCAACUAGAGAGACGCUCAGUCGGCUAGUCUUUGAAAGCCCUGCUCCCGUGGAACUGCAGCACCCGAAGCUCCACCGCCCAGCCCACAGCGAGGAGAUCAAUCUGGAUGCUUCUUUUGAUGUCGACACCCCCGAACAUCAGCCCUGCAGUUCUCUCUGCAGCCCUGCAAAAAGGCAGAAGCUGGAUAAAAAGCCGCCUCCCGUGGUAAACCUGGCGAAGGAAGUUCUGAAGGAAACAGUGGAGAACUGGGCAGAUGAUCUGGAGGAUGAUACUCUCAAAGGACUGUUGCCAGCAUUCAUCAGGAACUCUGUUCUCUCCAAGAAGCCCUCUUCGGGUAGCUUGCUGGGUCCGCACAGGAACGUGGGCACUGUGCGGAUGGGUUAUGAUGGCAUGGGAGGCAGAACAAAGUUCAUACAGCCUACAAACCUGGCAGAAAUCCGUCCCUUAGCAGUGAGGAGCAAGAAGAAGGUCUCGAGGCAGGCGUCUGCAGCUCCCUCCACAUCUUCCUCCAGAAGCAACCAAGCCAGACUGGACAGUUUUCUGCAGUGAGAGCAGCUGGGCAGGGUGGCCAUAGCACAGACCAUGCUUGCCCAGAGCCUGGCACGCAAAGCAAUGGGCAACCAUUGUUCUGUGAGUGGCUAUGAUUUGCAAAGCACCCAUGCUAUGUGGUGGGUGAGACAAGUUGCCUUGCAGCAAGCCAACAGGAAACCAAGCCUCUGGCUAGUGCUUGGACUGAUUUAUCCCCUUCAUUUUACCACUUCUUCCUCCUAUUUUCAUGCAGAAUAAACAGGGUUUUCUCAUCUUUACCUGCUCAGAGCUCUGCAGUUGCUGCUGUUGGGCUCUGACACCAGGUCAGCUGCACUUGUUGGAUGCAGCUGCAAGCCAGAGGUGUGGGAAGGAUAUCUGGGAUGUCAGUCUGGAGUAAGAGCAGGGACAUGGACCUGCUCUAUGCCUGGGGUAAAUGGUUCCAAUAGGGUUUCCAGGAGGAAGAAGCGUGCAGGGGGCAGAACAGUGUUGGCCUGCAGGGUGGCUGUGUAGUUAUCAUCAAACUAAACUUCCUUCUGCAGUGGGCCUGGGAUGGUUGGGGCCCCCACAGACCACCCUGAGGCAUGGUCUGGUUUGGGCUGUGAAGUCUGCUAUGGAGUCCCAAGUUCAAACUUGGCACUGAAAUUGCUGACCUGGGGAGGGGGUGCUGGGGUGACCCCCUGCCCUGCUUGGGAAUGGAGAGAUGGGUGUGCUGAUGUCACCUCUGUUCUUGUUAUGUGUUGCUGUCAAGCUAGUGUAUGAAUUUCUAUUGUUUUAAUGAGACUGUAGGGGUGUUUUGUUCUUUUCUGACUGCUUUGCCUACUGCUUUGAGGGAUUGGAACAGCCUGAAGAAGUGCUGAAGGUGAACAACCUCCUUGAUAGGGGGGAUACUGGUAGGGCUGAACCUGUCUGGGGUUCCUCAGCUUGGUGAUGUGUGACAGGAACUUCUCCCUCUCACCCCAUGGCUGAAGCAGGGCUGUUCAUUGCAAGGAACGGACUUGGUGAGGCACCUCGUGCUGUACAAAUCCAUCGUGUUUCCUGUUUUUAGCUGCUUCAGGCUGGAACCUGCAGUACCUGACUUCCUGAAUCUACGCCUUUAGGGAAUAAAAUAUAACACUAUGUGCACUUGUUAACACA